AUAAUGGAUGACCUUUGCAUGUGCAAAUGGCACCACUUUGUGACUUGUGCUACUAUAGGGGCGGAUUUACACUCUCCAUUCUUUGUGUCUUUAUCCCCCCCUUGAAGUGUAACAAGCAGCUAGGCAGAAAGAAAGAAAUAGACAAUAAUGGAAGAAGCGACAUCCUUCACCAAUGAGGUAGCUGUCCUCCUCAAGAACCCAGCGAACUUCUACAACAUUGUCAUGGAGAAUAGUGAUCCUCGAGUGAAGGACUGGCUAUGGAUGCAGUCGCCCUUCCCCACCUGGGGCCUCAUUCUGCUCUACAUUCUGUUUGUGAUCUACGGGCCCAAGUUUAUGAAGAACAGACAGCCGCUUGAGAUGAAGCCGCUCCUCUUUGUAUUCAACGCAGCCAUUGUUGUGCUCUAUGUCUACCUCACCAAAGAAUACAUAAUGGGAGUGCUAGACGCUCGCUACAACUGGAUCUGUCAACCCGUGGUAUACUCCUAUGAGCCGGAACACAUGAGGAUUGCCAGCGCUCUUUGGUGGUACUAUUUCUCAAAGUUCAUCGAGUUCUUUGAUACUGUAUUCUUUAUUCUGCGAAAGAAAGACAAGCAAGUCACUUUCUUGCACGUCUAUCACCAUGCAUCCAUGUUUUUCCUGUGGUGGAUCGGUAUCAAGUGGGUGGCUGGCGGACAAUCUGUGUGGGGUGCACUCAUUAACUCGUUUGUGCACGUGGUCAUGUAUUCCUACUAUGCUCUGAGCUGUCUCGGCCCAAGCAUCCAAAAAUACCUCUGGUGGAAAAAGCACAUCACUCAUCUGCAGUUGCUGCAGUUCAGUCUGGCCAUCAUGCAUGCCAUCCACUCUCUCUACAUUGACUGCAACUUCCCCAAAUGGAUGCACUAUACUCUCAUUGGUUAUGCUAUAUCGUUCAUCAUCCUCUUCACCAACUUCUACAUUCAAACGUAUAUAAAGAAAGGAAAGAAACAGGCAGUAGCCAAGGACACACACGCUGUCAGCAAUGGUCAUCUGACUAAGAAAGACCAAUAAACACUCUGAGCUGACAUUUUUACACACUGCUUAAAUAGAAGUAUAUAUGAAUGUCAUUUACAUGAUCACCAUGGUGUGUACUAGAA